AUGGCAGACGAUGAUUCCAUGAGUGAUGAUGAUGAUCAACUUAAUAUUCCAGAUAAUACGAAACAUAUUACAUCAAUUCAAUUAGGUGAAGUUGAUAUUGAUUGUUGGUUUCAUUCACCAUAUAUUGAUACAGAAGAUGGUUUACACGACAAAAAUCGUACGAUUGAAAAACUAUUUAUUUGUGAAUAUUGUUUAAGAUAUUUUCUAAAUAAUAGAAAAUAUCGUCAACAUAUGAAUGAAUGCAAUCGUCGGCAUCCUCCUGGUCGCAAAAUCUAUGAAGAUGCGAAUGGUUUGUGUGUAUACGAAGUAGAUGGAUGUGCAUCUCAACUUUAUUGUCAAUGUUUAUGUUUAUUAGCAAAGUUAUUUCUUGAACGCAAAACAAUUUAUUUUGAUGUAAAUCCAUUUCUUUUCUAUGUUCUUGUUGAAUCAGAUAAACGAAUGAAAAAUGUACAGCAUAUUAUUGGAUAUUUUUCAAAAGAGAAACUAAGUGAUGAAUGUUACAAUCUCGCUUGUCUAAUGAUAUUACCUCAUCAUCAACGACAAGGUUUCGGUCGAUUUUUAAUCUCAUUAAGUUAUGAAUUAACUAAAAUCGAAAAGAAAACCGGUUCACCAGAAAAACCACUAUCAGCUCUUGGACAAAUGACAUAUAAAAGUUAUUGGCAUUCAACAAUAUUAACAAAACUUGAAGAAUAUCGCCGUUCACAAAUACAUGCUACUGUUACACAAUUAAGUAUUGAUACGGGCAUCCGUAUUGAAGAUGUUAUUCAAACAUUAAUUGAUCUUCGAAUAGCUCAUACGGGAGCAGAAAAUAUUGAAACAAACUAUAGACAACAAGAAGCACGCGAUCAACGACAUAAUAAUCGUCGUCGCAAUCAUAAAUAUGAUGAUGAUAAUAAUAAUACAUUGAAUUCCACUUCAGUAUUAGCUAUUGAUGAAGAUGUUUUACAUACAAAACUUGUUUGUUUAUUAAAUGGAACAUCAUCAUUGAAGCAUGAUCAAAAUAUUUUUGAUGCGAAUUAUUUACGUUUUAUUAGUCGACGAUAA